AACUUUAAAUAAAAAAAAAAAGAAAAAAUAAUGAUCAAUAAAUCAAUAUACAAACAAGUGAGUAGACCCUCACAUGACAUUAUUAUUAUUUUUUUCUCUAUGCCCCUUUGUUUCAUCCGUCUCCCAUUUGCCUUUAUAAAUAAUUCCAAGAAACCUCAAUCCUUCUCCCUGAUCUCUUCUUCUUUUUCAUUUUACUCUUCAAUCUUCUUCUCCUCCAAAUCUUUUCUUAUUUUCUUCUUUAAAUUAUUUUAUUUUUCUCUUCAAGUUUCAUCGGAUCGCAUGGAAAGGAAAUCGAAGAUGGCACAUGACAACCUGAAAUGGAAAAAUGGUUUUGCAUUUGAGACAUGGCGGCCAAAUUAGGGAUUGCAAGAGAGAAAAUGAAGAUGGCUUUGAGGCAAUGUUUGGCCUCUAGGCAAGUCUAAUGCUUGGCUUAUCCUCCUAUUUUUUUUCGCCUUUUUUCUUUUUCUUGUAUGGUUUCUGGGAAUUUGGAGGAUACUGGAACAUAUAUAGAAUCUUCAUGGGCUACUUUAUGUAAGAUUCUGUGAGGGUUUCUCUUCUUUGACUAGAUCACACAUGCAUAUGUAUCAUUCUGAGGAAGCAAACAGAAAAUUGCUUCUUCUUUUUCCUUUUUCUUUUAAGUGCUUGUAUGCUUCCACACUGAAGAGUUAAAUUAAAACCAUUAAUAUUUU